UGGACCGACCAGUCGAAAACUGCUGACGUUGGUGGUGGUUGUUGGUUGUUGCAUUCUUGCUUGGUGGUGCAGUUCCCUCCCGCGCGCGUGCAUUAUCAUCACUGGCUUGAGCUUGCGAGUUGUGCGGACGGAGAUAAGCGAGUCACAUUCCCCUUCAACAAAUCAACGCUAUAUUUGCUUACAAGCAUCUUCUGCCGCGAUAGUAGUGAUUGUUUAGUGAUUCCGGCGCCGCAGGAUGACGUUCAAUUUGCGCCAAGUGUACGCAUUUGCCCGGGAGUACCACCAGAAGCGGGAAGCCCAGAAGGAUGUCCAGUAUGGCACAGCCGGAUUCCGAUCGCACGCUGACCAUCUGGACUAUGUGAUGUAUCGGAUGGGUCUGUUGGCGGUGUUGCGAUCGCGUGCCAAAGGAGGCCAGGUGAUCGGUGUCAUGAUAACGGCCUCGCACAACCCGGAACAGGACAACGGGGUAAAGCUGAUUGAUCCGAUGGGUGAAAUGCUGGAACAGCGCUGGGAGAAACUGGCCACCGAUUUGGUCAACGUCAGCGAUGUCGAUCUGGAGGCACAGGUGGCCAAGAUUUGUGCUGACGAGGGAAUCGAUAACAACAAUCCGGCAAAGGUUUACGUCGGAAUGGAUACCCGGUAUCACAGCCCGCAGCUGGCCAAAGCCGUGCUGAAUGGAGUGGCCGCCAUGAAGGGAAGCGUCCGGGAUUUCGGCAUCGUUACGACUCCGAUGCUGCACUAUUUUGUCACGUGCUCAAACACGGAUAUGGCGUAUGGGCUGCCCACCGAAGAGGGCUACAUGAACAAGUUGCUCACGGCUUUCAAGAACAUUAGGGGGACAACGUUUGAGAAGGGCAACUACGUCAAUAAAGUCUAUUACGAUGGAGCUAACGGAGUUGGAUCGUUGAAAAUGUUGGGUUUCAUUAAGAAACUCGAUGGCUAUCUGGACGUGAAGGUGUUCAACAGCAAUGGGAAAAUCAACUACAAUUGUGGCGCGGAUUUCGUCAAAACAAAUCAACGGGCUCCGGAGGGCAUGCCGGACUUGGAGCCGAACGCACGCUGCGUGUCGGUUGAUGGUGAUGCUGAUCGGGUACUCUAUUACUUCACGGAUGAGGAAGGAGUUUUUCAUCUGCUGGACGGUGACAGGAUUGCCACAUUGAUUGCUGGAUAUCUCAAGGAUCUAGUUGAAAAAUGUGGAGUUGAAAUCGAAAUGGGUCUGGUUCAAACUGCCUACGCCAACGGAGCAUCAACUGACUACAUCGUGAAUCAGCUGAAAGUACCGGUGGCUUGCGUUCCUACCGGGGUGAAGCACCUGCACCACAAGGCCCUGGACUACGAUGUCGGAGUCUACUUCGAAGCCAACGGCCAUGGCACCGUAAUUUACAACGCAAACGCCAAAAGUAAAAUCCGUGCCGCCUGUGAGGACACCUCGCGCCCCGAUGAUCAGCGGACCGCAGCCAAACUGUUGCUUCGAACGAUCGAUCUCACCAAUGAAACGGUCGGCGAUGCCAUUUCUGACAUGCUACUGGUGGAAACGGUUCUCCACUCCAAGGGAUGGAGUCUGAAGGAUUGGCUUGCGACCUAUAGCGAUCUGCCGAAUGUGCUGAUGAAGAUCAAAGUAGAAGACCGAAACGUGAUAACCACCACCGAUGCCGAGAGGAUUUGUGUUACGCCGGCUGGUGUUCAGGAUGCCAUCGAUGAAAUCGUUGCCAAGUACAACAAGGGCAGAUCGUUCGUGCGUCCCUCGGGAACGGAAGAUGUCGUGCGGGUUUACGCUGAAGCGGAUACCAAGGAGAACACUCUCCAGUUGGCUCUGGAUGUGGCGAAUGUGGUGCACGACAAGGCGGGGGGUGUUGGGCCUCGACCGGAACUGCCUAAAAUUUAAUUUUUUACAAGACUAUGCUAUCGACACUGCCGCUGAAUGUUUUUGAAACGAGACGGUGAAGUUAUAUUUGUGACAAAUUAAGACGUAUACCUAUCCUCCGUAUAUUCAAAUAGAUUUUUGAGACUUGUAAAGUACUAGAAUUCCGUAUAGUUGGGAUUCUUUGGUUUUCCUCAAUUAAAGUCAUUUAUUAUACUUAGCCACCAAACUGAACCGAAAAACUAUCUAAAACUACCAGCUGCAAGAUUAUUUAACAUUUAUUUGCCAAACUUGGGUACCGAGGGAUCAAAUGAGACAUUAGAUGCGAUUCCUAUAGUUUACACAAGUAUGCGUCUUAAUUUGUCUUUGAUUUUAUGGUGCAUAGAAGUGGCUGAAUUUCAGCCAAGCAUCUCGAGAUUAUUUUGUAAGCUCAAUAAUAGUCCCAACUAUGUUUUAGAGCGAUAAUAAUUAGCUUGUAACUACUACAUAUCAUGCUUUUAUUUGGUUAUUUGUGCAGAUUUGUAUUGUGAAUAAAUCUAUAUUACUUGCGCUUAGG